AUGGCCGCCUCAAUUUCCCUCCUAGCGCAAACGCCCGCCGCCGUCCGCAUUGCGGCCGGCUCGUUGCCUGCACCGCUUUCAACGAGCCCUUCUCCCGCCCAACAACUCCGCGUUAUUCCCGCGGAUUCCUCUCUCCGCGCAAUUGCCGCCGCCCCCUUCCGCUCUGCCUUCCCUGCCUCUUCCCGCCGCGGGCGCUUCACAGUCCGCGCUGCUUCCGCUGACGAAACCACGUCAGCAGCUGCCGGAACCACGUCAGCGGCAUCAGCCUCCACCACCACCACCACCACCACCACCACCACCACCACCACUGCCGUCACGGAGGCCCCGGCGGAUGCUGCGGCGGCAGCCGCAACAGCCGCCGCAGAAUCGACAGCGGCAGGGACCGAAUCAGAGCCAAUAGUAGACGAAGCGCCUAAGAAGAAGCGGCGCGCGCCGCCGAGGAAAUUAAAGCGCGAGGAGAAGGCGGUGGCGACGUGGGGAUGGGACGGGCGGUCCGCGCGCGAUCUCGACUCGCUAGAGCAAUGGCUGCGCGCGAAGGGGCUUCCGCAGCAGAAGUUGGCGCUGCGGCUCGUGCGCGAAGGAGGCCGCGGGCUGGUGGCGACGGAAAACAUCGGCAAGGGGGAGGGCAUCCUGAACAUUCCCGAGAAGCUGCUUAUAACGGGAGAAACGGUGUACAGCUGUCCCCGCGUGGGCGCACUGCUUAAGGCGGCCAACGUGCCGGAUUGGCCGGCAUUGGCUGUCUACUUGCUGAGCGAGGCCGGCAGAGGGGCGGCGUCUGAGUGGAGUGGGUACAUCGAGACGCUGCCUCGCGCCCCGCCCUGCAUCCUGCAGUGGUCUAUUGACGAGGUGGAUGUGCUUCUAAAGGGGUCUCCUGUCAGGCAGCGCGCGAUUGAAGCCAUUGCUGACGUCACAAACACCUUUCUUUCCUCUAUCUUUGCUCUCCUUCUCCUCUUCCCUCCCGCACCCACCCCUCUCGUCUGCCACCUCUCUCCACCGCUCUCUGUGCUGCACGAGUUGACUUUUGAGUCGACUCAAAAGUUGCUCUCCUUCUCCUCUUCCCUCCCGCACCCACCCCUCUCGUCUGCCACCUCUCUCCACCGCUCUCUGUGCUGCAGGUUCUCAGAGCUUGAGGCUGCGCUUUUCUCGAAGCACAGAGACGUCUUUCCAGAGAAGGUGCGGAAUCUAGGGCCACCCUUCACGCUCAUCCAAUCACACUUCUCUCCUCAUCUCCCUCCCCUCCAGCUAUUCACGCUCAACAACUUCAAGUGGGCCUUUGCUGUGCUCUUCUCCCGCCUGCCCCCCUUCCUCACUCACCCCCCUUCCUCACUUAUCCCCUUUCUCUACUCACCCCCAAUCCCCUCACUCAUCUCAGAUCCCUCCCACCCCCCCCCCCCCCCCCCCCCCCUCACUCAAACUUCUUCCCUCACUUAUCCCCAAUCCCUCACUCAAACCCCUUCCUUCACUCAUCCCCAAUCCCUCACUCACCCCCCCUCCCUCACUCACUCUCCCUCCCUUCUCUCCCCCACCCCUCACUCUCUCCCCCUUCCCCCCUUCUCCCGUUCCCGCCACUCCCACCCCACCCCACCCUGCCCCCCCCCACCCCCACCCCCUCUCCCCUCUUGUCAGGUCCGCCUGCCAUCGCGCAACAACCGCCUGGCGCUGGUGCCGUGGGGGGAUAUGCUCAACCACAGAUGCGAGAUCGAGUCAUGCAUUGAUGUGGACACGUGGAAGGGCAGUGUUGUUUUCACCACUGACCGUGCGUUUGCCAAGGGCAAGGAGGUGUUUGUCUCGUAUGGCCCCAAGUCCAAUGGAGAGCUCCUGCUGGCCUAUGGAGUCGUGCCCGCCACGCGCAACCCCAGUGACUCCGUCUCGCUGCUGCUCGCGCUCUCCCCAGAUGACCCGCUCCUGCCUGUUAAGGAGGCAGCACUGCAGGCCAACGGGCUGACCUGGUACGAACCCUUCUCUGCUCAUCUGCUUACCAAGUCAACCACACCUGCUUCUCGCACUCUCCCCAGACGGCCCGCUGCUGCCCGUCAAGGAGGCGGCUCUGCGAGCCAACGGGCUGACCUGGUACGAACCCUUCUCUGCUCCUCACGUGAGCCUUGUAGCCUUCCACCGCACCUGCUGCUCGCGCUCUCUCCAGACGACCCCCUGCUGCCCGUGAAGGAGGCAGGGCUCCUACUCUCCUUCCCGGUUCGCAUGGACAGCUGGCCGUUUCAUCUGCUCGCCUUUGCUGCAUGUCCCAUCCCUUCCCCCUCACCUUUCGUCUGUUUACUCCCUCCCCGUCCCUACCCCUUGCAUGACAGCCCACUCUCCUUCCCUGUCCGCAUGGACGGCUGGCCCUCCCAGCUGCUCGCCUUUGCUCGCCUCGUGGCAGCAGGGCCGUCCGUGCCCGAGGAGCAGAUCAGAGAGCUUCUCAGCUGCUUGUGCCUCGUGGCAGCAGGGCCGUCCGUGCCCGAGGAGCAGAUCAGAGAGCUUCUCAGCUGCUUGUGCCUCGUGGCAGCAGGGCCGUCCGUGCCCGAGGAGCAGAUCAGAGAGCUUCUCAGCUGCUUGUGCCUCGUGGCAGCAGGGCCGUCCGUGCCCGAGGAGCAGAUCAGGGAGCUAGCAGCAGCGACGUCAUUCGCCGGUUCGCCCUCCUCCCCCUCGGCACCUGCUAAGCGAGAGAUGCCGUCGCUGCCCUUCACCGCCUCCUUCACGCUCGACCACGAGCUGGAGGCCAGGGAGGUCAUUCUCGCUGCCUGCCGCCUGGCCCUGGCUGGCUACUCCACCACUCUCCAGCUGGAGGCCAGGGAGAUCAUCCUCGCUGCCUGCCGCCUGGCUCUUGCAGGAUACUCCACCACCCUGCAGGAGGACGAAGCCCUAUUGGAGGGCAACAGCGAUGAUUACCUGGAGGAUGAUGGCGAGCAGAGGGUGCGCGUGAUGGCUGCUGCUGCCCUGCGUAGCAGCGAGAGGCGCAUUCUGCUGCGAACAGACUUCGUGAGAGCCCGCUAUCUCGUUUUGUCUCCCCCUCUCUGUCUUUCUAUCCCCCUCUUCCUCUCAUUCGCUCGCACUCUCCCUCCUUCUUGGUUGCUGCUGCUCUGCGGAGCAGCGAGGGGCGCAUUUUGCUGCGAACAGACUUUGCGAGUUUGCGCUCUCCGUUUCGUUCUUCCUCUCGCACUCACACAUGCACUCCCGGUGAUGCUCAAUCGCGAGAGAGAGCAGCGGGUGCUGCUGCUGCUGGCCAAAGGAGCAGCCAAAUGUGCUUCGCUCAAAGCUGAGGGACAUGCAACGCCCGGCAAGGCCAAGGACAUGCGCAAUGCGCAGCAGGCCAAGGCGGGAGGCAAGCAGAAGAUCGACCUGGGCAACAACUUUGGCGGGGAGAGCGCGAGCUUCAUUGGCAAGAUUCUGAGGAGAAUAUCGCGUGUGGAGUAG